AUGCAGACCGUUAGUAGCUUGCCGUACAGUCUAACGUUCGUGCUCGGCGUCGUCGUCGGGGUGACCCUGGAGGACACCCUGGUGGAGGUUUUCCGCCGGUACACCAUCCCGAUACAGUACCACCACAGUCCACUGCUGAUUGAGCACUUUUCGUUCGACGAAGAAACGCAACGCCUGCAGAAGGAUUUAAUCGGACGGAUUUUGACCCGUGUUGCGGACGCAGUGUUGCUGGUUCGAUUCGAUGUGCGAGGGCAGGCGUCCAAGAACAACUUGAUUUUUCUCGAUGGGAGUGACGACUCUUUGGCACGGUUUAUUCACGGCUGGAACCGACAACGGUACGAUCGGGGAGGUUAUUACUGUGUCGUGGUUUAUGGGAGCGAUGGUAGAGUUGGUGGUCGUGAACUGACCAGGAAGAUAUUGGACGCCAUGUGGAAGCUGAGAAUGUUGUACGUCGUUGUGCUGACUGCUGACGAUCGUGGAAUGAACCCGGAAAUGACCACUUUUUGGCCUUAUGGACGGACUCACUGCGGAGGUGUUAGUCCGAUUGUGGUAAAUUUCAAUUCAAAGGAGUUGAUAGCAGAUCGGUUGGCCAAUUUCUUUGGCUGUCCUUUGCGAGUGGGAACUUUUGAAAAUCAACCCUUCAUACGGUUGAACUGGGACCGGAACGGCAAGACGCAGCUGUUUGGAUUUGAAGGAUUGUUGGUGAACGUGUUGGCUAAAAAACUAAACUUUUCGAUCGAAGUGGUUACGCCUCCGGGUAACGAUCAGUGGGGAUAUCCGAGAAAGGGUGGUAAAAGUACUGGACUGAUGAAACUCAUGGUUGAUGAAACAGUCGACUUUGGAAUCAGUUCGUUGGGAUACACUGAGGACAGAAGUGCCAUUUUAUUGCCGGGGAUUCAGCAUUACACCUCAUACGUAGUAUUUGCCGUCCCUUCUGGAAGGCCGUAUUCUUCGUUUGAAAAACUGUUCCUGCCCUUCGACGAAUACUCCUGGCUGGCCGUUUUUGUGACUCUAGUAGUGGCGACUGCAAUCAUUCUAAUAAUCAACACCCAGCCAAUAUCUGUCAAAAAUUUCAUCUACGGGCACGGCAUUUGGGGACCUCUGACCAACAUGAUCAACAUACUUUUCGGUGGCCCACUGGACAAAGCACCCAAAGGAACGUUCGCCCGAACGUUGGUCGCGAUGUGGCUCAUGUUUACGCUGGUGAUCCGAACCGCUUACCAAGGAUCUCUCUACAAAUAUCUCCAGGUGCCGAAAAAUUUCUCUGCGCCACUGACGAUGGACGCCCUGGACAAGUCUGGAUUACAUUAUCACAUGAUUGAUUUGGCAUCCGAAUUCUUCGUUGAUUACCCCAACGUGCUUGCAAGAACGCACUUUCUCCCCCACGAGCGGCCACUCUCCGAUUGGAUCAACAAAAUCGGCCGAGGCGAGCUCGUCGGCGUUGUCCUCUGCCUGGUUGAUCACGUGGCCUAUCACAACAAGCAAUUCCCCAUCGACGAGUUCGUCUGGGCGACCAAAGAGUACGUCGUGGGCUUUCCGAUGGCGGCGUUCUACCCGAUGCAAACGUUCCUGCGCGAAACGUUCGACCGCGAGAUUCAGCUGAUCGACUCGUCCGGGCUGAUCCAGCACUGGGUGGGCCAGAGUGCCGAUUACGACUUUAGCCACGAUCGGCGCGGAACGGCGGUGACACAGGCGCUCAGCUUCGGCAACAUGUUGGGGGCGUUCCAGAUUCUGGGUGUUUUGGAGCUGGGGGCAGUUUGCAUGUUUCUGCUGGAGCUGUUGGCCCAGAAAUGGCACUUGCUGCGACGUUUCGUUGACUGGAUGGAGGAGGACAAUCCCGUACGGAGUGCGAAAAUCAUUAUCGUGAGGCCUAGUUUAAUUGUGUUGGAGACAGUUUUGGCUACACCCAAACUUGAGCAGCCAACUCCUCUGUGA